CAUCCAAGCCUGCACACCUAGCGUAUCGAGCUAGGGAAACGCCGCGUUAUAGUAGUGGAGCACUGCCAGUUCGUGCAAACCACGGAGCCAUGGCGCUCCGCCUCGAGCCUUGGAUCUUGAGCCUUGUCUUGAACCUUGGACCUCGCCACUAAAUCGGACUUCUGCACCACGACCUAUCUAGGUUGCAGCGGGCAUAAGCCCGCAAUUGCCACUAAGGGCAAUUACCUAUCGUUCGUGGGAUCACCAAUCGGUUUCGCACCAAUCUUUCGCAUUUUGCAUAAUUGGGCUUUUAUCCGGAUUCGUAUCCGGGUCCCUUCUGCCGUAAGGACGAGUCAAAUCGCUAACUGAGUUAGCGAUCCGGUGAUGCCGCGGCGGCUGUGCUGUUGGCGAGCGGCUGGAUGGGCGCCGGGCAGGCUCAGUGGCGUGCUUUGCGCUUGGACGGUCUGCCGGUCUCGGGCGGCGAAGCGAGUGGAGAGUUUCGGUGGUCUCAUGGCCUCCGAGGGUGGCGCCAUUUCUUCGCGGUGGAACGGUGUGGUCAUUUGGCGUACAUGACUUGGCAGCAUGGUGCGCGGAAGGACACCUGGCAGGAGCGAGGGGCAUUUGGAGCGCAGGCGCUGCUGGUGCUGCAGGCGGCCCCUCUGCUGCUGCUGGGGAGCUUGUGCGCAUUGUUAGGCGGUGCGGCAGCACGCGUGGCGACGGUGCUGCUGCUGCUGCUGCUGCGCACGGCAGCAACGCGCAGCGGAUUGAGCAGCGCAGCUGCUUGGGCAUGGGCGGGAUGGGGUUUGAUGACGGCGGGGCAUCGGCAGCCGCUGUGGCGGGCGCUGGCGUCGCUGUGGCAGCAGUGGAGGCGCUGGCACAUGCUUGCAGGACGGGACAGUGGUGGGCGCAUUUCCAUUCGCGUGUACAGCCAGCGCGUGUGGUGGGCAGCCCUGGGUAAUGUGCAGCGCACCGCGCCGGCCCUGGCGUGGGAUGCACUCGUACUGGGUUUGGGUGCCGGCGCGGCGGUCGCCGGCGCCGUGGCAUGGGCUGGAGCGCGUGUAGAGCUGGAGCUACCCUGGCACCUGGCCUGGGUCCGGAUGGUUGCAGGCGAGCUGCUGCAGCCUAGCGUGCACGCGCUGCUGAGUGCACAUGCGAGCAGCCUCUUCAACGACACCCGUGCAUGGCCCAGCUCAGGUGCCAACGCAGCAGCAGUGGUGUGGCACGUGGGGAUGUGCCCUGCUGUGUUUCAGGCAGUGGUGGGUAUGCUAUGGUGUCGGUGGCGGCGGUCUGUGCGCACACUGAGCGGCAAGACAGGCGUUGUCAGCGUGCUGCCAUGCGACCCAGCGGCUGUGCUGCUGCUAUCGACUGCGGCAAACGAAGGUGUGCCGCCGGUUCUCCUGCGACUGCUGUGGCGUAGCCGGCGCGUGCGCUUGCAUCGCAGUUUCGCGGCGCAGGGCAUUUUGCCAGGCAGCACAGUGUUUGUGACCAGCGUGCUGUACGGCGGCAUCGGGUUCACAGAGGCGGAAGUGCGGCGCGUGUGCGACGCUGUGGAGAAGCUCGCGCGCAGGGACGCGGGUGCAUGCGCGCGCAUGGAAGCUGGGCAGUGGGAGCCGCUUGUGCAGAUGCUUGCACAUCAGAGUACUGCUUCGCCAGCAGUAGUGGAGGCCGUACUCUGCGAGCGCGCAGCGACAAUUCGAGCGGCGGUGGCGGUGGCAGGUAUCACGCAUCGCAUGUUCGCUGCACGCACUGCAAAGCAGCAGGCUGCGCGAGCAGCGGCGGCCGGGUCGGCAGCAGCUGGCGGCGUACAGGCGAGUGUGGGUGGAGCGCCAGGCACCUCAGCUGUAGGAGCGUCGCCUGCUGCCAGGACCGGGCCUGGCUCAGCAGGUGCAGCGGUGAGCGACUAUUCGGGUGCAGCUGGGGCGCCUUCAGCAGCCCCACAGGAGCAGGCUGCGCGAGCAGCGGCGGCCGGGUCGGUAGCAGCUGGCGGCGUACAGGCAAGUGCGGGUGGGGCGCCAGGCACCUCAGCUGUAGGAGCGUCGUCUGCUGCCAGGACCGGGCCUGGCUCAGCAGGUGCAGCGGUGAGCCGCUAUUCGGGCGCAGCUGGGGCACCUUCAGCAGCCCAGCACAAAGUGACAGCAGCGCCCGGGGCUAGGCUGGCCGGCGUACCGCAGCAGCCGCGCACGCUCCGGCAGCGUGCGCAGGCGGAGGCGUUCAAGUCGAUGAUGCGGCAAGGGCUGGAUGAGGGUAGCCGUGCUCAUGCCGCUGCACAGACUUGCACGUUCACUAGGCCAGAGCAGCCUGCGGCACCGGCAUCAGUGGCACGGGAGGGGCAGCCGCAGGGGCGUUAUGUCACAGAUGUCAUUGCUGGCAUCGUGGGCGUGCUGCGGCAGCACCGGGAUCUAGCCAGCAUCUUGCACCGCAAAGAGAUGAACAUGCUGCUGCCGGGUGAGUUGAAGCAGCUUGCCGAGGCGCUGCAGCAGCAGCUGCCCGAGAAGCUGCGCAGCAGCUCAGUGUAUGGGAUGCAGACGUGGCUACAUCACCACGCAGACGAGAUUGAGCUCGCGCUAGCAGGCGUGCCAAACCCCGAUGCGGUGGCAGCAGCUGCCGGUGUGGGCGGAGCAGCCAUGCCGUGGGAGGUGCAGCUGGGCUUGCAGCGUGUUGCGGAGAUGAUGGGGCUGGCCUCCGACGCGGAGAAGCAGCCGGCAGCGGAGGCAUGGCAGGAGCGGCAAUGGCACACGCUAACAGAUUGCAUCAGUGCUACGCGCGCUGCAGCCAGGGUCGCAGGAGACACCGCCGGGGCUGCAGGAGUGGGCGUAGGCACAGGCGGCGCGCAGACCGCCGCUGGUGGCGUGCCUGACAUCGCAACGUCACGCUUGUGUGACGAUGCCGCUGCAGCACAGGCGAUGCGCCAGCAGAUGGCCGCGGAGUUGCCAACGCAGCCGUGCAGCGUAUGCGGUCGCCGCCGGCGUCAGCGCGAUGUCCAUUGGCAUCGUGUGUCGGGAUUGCGGGAGUGGCUUGACGAACAGCUCAGCGCAAUGCUGCCGGGCACAGCAGAGGCGCCACGGGAUGGCAACACGCUGUGGGCUCCGCCGACGUCGGCCGAAGCUACGGCGUUGCUGGCGGGUGCCACGGGCGCUGCGUCAAUGUCAGACAUUACGGAGCGCGUGAUGCGCGAGGGCGCAGCCUCAGGGCGCGCGGUGUAUCGGCUGCAGGCGCAUCCUGCGGCGGGCACAGUCCAGCUGGCCGCAGAUGGCGAUCACCAGCUGCGUGUGUGUGUCGAUUGCAUGCGAGCGCACCAGCAUGGGCACCUGCCCUCACUAUCGUACGCGUGCGUUGACAAUGGGUUGCGGCCGAGCCACCUACCGCAGCUCACGGUGAUGGAGGAGCGGCUGGUGGCAGUGUGGCGGCCGCUCCGUAACCUGAUGGUGUGCAGGCCGCCAGCCGCGGGCGGCGGACCGGGGCAUUGGGAGAUGCGCGCGCACGUGAUUGCGUUCAAGGCGCCGGAGCCGCAGCAGCUGGCAGCAGUAUUCCCGUGCAGCCUGGCGCGCGUGCCUGAAUGCAUCACCGUGGUGUUUGUGAGCCCGGCACAGACGUACCAGCAGCUGGAGGCGUUGGCGCGCCGCGUGCCCGCGCUGAUGGUGCGGGGGAAAGUCGUGGCGGCCUGGGCGCGGCACUUGGCAGCUCUGUAUCCCAGCGCGCGCCUGGACGAGGCGGCCGUGCAGGAGUGGGAGCGGCAGCCGCUUACAGCGGUAGCGGAUGCGCUCGCGCGGCGCGCUGUCUGCACGCAAACCCAAGGCGAGGCAUCAGCGCUGCUGCGGACUCUGCGGGCGGAACAGGAGGGGUAUGCGCGCGCGCGGUACGGUACUGCAGAGGAAGCUGCAGCUAGAGGGGCGAGUACAGGAAUGGCGGCGGGCGUCAACAGCGACAGCAGCAGCGGCUCGGACAGCGAGGCCGUCAUUGUGCAGCAGUCGCUUGCACGGCCGAGCCGGAAGCGGCCCAGGUUGCUGUCUGCUGCGCACAUGCAGCGGCUGCUGUGUGGGCUGGAUCGCGACGCGAGCGUGGCGGUGCGGCAGUUGCUUCUGGCCCACAACUUCAAGGCUGCUGCUACAAAGCUGCUUCGCCACCACGGCGGCGUGCCAACCAAGGAGGCGGUGACGCAGAUGAAGGGGCAGCUGCAAACGCAGCAUUGUAAUUACGAGCAGGUGUUAACGGACCACGAACGAGCGCUCACAGCUGAGGCGAAUGCGAGUGGCAGCACGCGCCCGCUGUCACGCCCGCCAGCGGGCGCACCGCUGCCGCCAGGCAGCUUGUUCGUGGUGCACGAGCCGCAGGCACUGUCGCCGGUGCAACGGGAGCACCGUGCGCGACGGCCGCAGUCUCUUUCAGGACUGCCUGCAGAAGCCGCACAGCGUGCAGGCGCAGCAGCACUAGCAGCGGCGGCGGCAGGGGCGGAGGUGGCGGCAGCAUUCAGCAACUGCGGCCAGAACGUGACACAUAUGCAGGGCAUAGACGACGUUGACUUGUCGCCAACGCCAGCAGAUUCGCCGGCGUUGCGCGCGGUGUUUCAGGACGCCUGCGCCGACGAGCGUGCCCUGCAGCUGCUGCUGGACGGAUGGCCACUCGCGUCAUGCACGGAGCAGGCCCCGCAGUCAGACUAUCAGCCGGAGUGGCCGCUGCGCGUGCACGUGAAUCGGUUUCCUAACGGCACGGGCGCAUGCCCGACCGGCAUGCAGAUGCUCAGCUGGAUCCAGCUGCAGCUGCAGCGAUGGUACCCACCAGCGCCGGACGGCACCGAAGACUGCAGCGCCCAGGCACCACACUUCAUUCUGGACAUGUUUGACGCGUGGCAGCGGCACACAGUCAACCAGCAGGUGGCGGUGCGCUUCAAGCUGGACCCGCAGCUCAUCAUGAGCCUCGGCGACAUGGGGCCGGACACGCUGGUGGAGGCAGCCGACGUGCUUGCAGCAGGCCUAUCACGGACGGAGCAGGCCCAGCGGCUGCACGGAUCACCACCGGAAGUGGAGCAGCUCGUGCGUGGAGCGCGCAUCACGGGCGCCCAUGUGGUGGGCUCGCCUGGCUCCUAUGCAGCACUGCGCAGCCGCGCGUACGGGCUGUGGGCUGCGUACGGCCCACCCAGCGCCAGUGUGACGCUCAACCCCGCAUCGGUGCACUCAGAUGCCACGUUCACGCUGAUGGGGCGUCCGUACACCUUCGACGUGCGGACAGGCGCGCCGCAGCAUCGGCCCAUGGCCGCGGAGCGGUGGGACCUGGUGGCGGGGCACCCGCUCGCGUGUGCCGAGUCCUUUGAGGCGUUCAUGGACGCGUUCUGCGACGUGUUCCUCGGGUGGCCAGCAGGAUCAGAUGUGCAGCAACGUAGUAACUGCCUGUUCGGGCGCGUUGACGCCUUCUUCUUCAAGUUCGAAAUGAAUCAGCGUGGAGAGCUGCACGUGCAUGGCUGUAUCUGGCAGCCCGGGCUGCAGCCAGCACGCCUGCGAAAGGCGCUAGCGGACCCGCGGAGUUGUCCCGACGUGCUGCUGGACUUCCUGGAGUCCGUGCAGACGCAGUGGUUUGCCUCACCACUGCUGUUCAGCGGCGGCGAGCGACCGGUCCACGCUCAGAAGCUCAGCACCGAGCAGCUGCAGGAGGUGGCUGAGGCGGCUGGCAGCGAGCGCUUGACGGAGCUGCAGCGGGACGUUCUCAGGGAGGUGCUGGUGGAGGUGAAGGCCAGGGGGGCUAUGGAAGACGCAGCCGUGUCUUGUCGGCCGCCUCUACAAUGCAGCAGCUUGACUGAGGCGGAGCGGCUUGGGUUAUUUGCUGCGCACGCGGUCCUGGAGACGCUGCUGCACGCCCAUCGCGACGGCACGUGCACCACGUCACACAGCAAGCAUGCCACGGACAGCAACUGCCGCAUGCGGCUGCCUCGGAUGCUGCACUGGCUCACCACGUACCUGCACGAGCAGUCGGUGUGCGUGCAUCUCAAGCGGUAUGGCCGCUACAUGGUCUCGCAUAUGGUGGCCCUGCUGCUGGCGGUGCCUUGCAAUCACACCGUCACGUUUGCGUGUGAUGUGGGGCGCUGGCUGCGCACGCGCGAGCUAUGGGAUCAGCGGCACGAGGGCAUUCCGCGCACGGACCCUGUGUGGGAGCGACGGCCGCAGCUGCCCAGCCUUGAGCAGCUGGCCGCGGACGCAGCGGACUAUGCCCUGAAGUAUGCCACCAAGUCUGAAGCAGUGCAGGGCAGCAGGGCCCUUAUAGCUGCAGCCACUAUGCUGCGGCGGCGCAUGCACCUCAUGACCCCAGAGCAGCAGGCCGGGAUUGAGAGCGAGCACCUGCCGAUCCAGGACGUGCUGGAUCAGCUACGGCAUCCCUUCGCUGCCUUUGCGGACGCCAGCGCCUCUGCCUGGGCGCCCCGGCCUCCUACUGCAGGUGUGUCAGCUGCAGGCGAGAGCAGCACGCCGGCACAGGCGCAGUUGACGGCGGAGGUGACGGCACGCGCACAGCAGUCCGCGACUGUGGCCGCGCUGCGCACUGCGCGGCCUGUCGGCGCGGCUGCGGUGCAACGGGAGGGGAUGUUCAACCUUGCGCACGCCAUCAACCUGUUAACAGCCCAGCAGACGUUCUCCACUCCAGCAGCGGCGCUGCUGCUGAUGCGGGGCACCGACGCGCACGAAAGCCACCAGUUCAGGGCCAUCGAUUACAGGAUGUUCUCGCAGCAUGUGCAGUCACAGCUGAAGCGCGCGGACCCGGAGCUCAGGCCCAGAGACGCCGAGCUGCGGCUUGUGCGUACAAUGGGCAGCGUUGGAGCGGGCGGGAGUGCCAGAGGGGAAGGUCAGGUUCCGGCCGCCAGCACAAUCGCUAGCGAUGUCCCAGGUUCCGGGCCCAGCGGAAGCGUGCAGCAGCUAGAGCAGCUCGCCGUUGCACCUGCUCGUUACCGGUCAUCAAGCUACCUGAAAGACUACCUGUACCGCGGCGAGGCGCUGCGCGAGCUGUCUCCUAUGAUGAUGGCCAUGUUGUUUUAUAAGGUACUGGAGCGCUAUGCAGUGUUUGCGCUCGCGAACUUCGCCGCCUACAGCUGUGACGACAGGCUCGAUCUCAGCAAUGGCGCAUGGGCAGCUUAUCAGCGGUGCUUUGCACAGCCGGCGCACGGCCAGUCGCUGCAUGUGCGCAUCGCGUGCCGUAUGCUCGAUCACGUGGAUGGGCUUGCGCGCGUGCGAAUGCGGGCGGAGGAGCGGCGGCAGCUGCAGGCGGAGGCGGAGGGCACCGCUGAGGAUGCGGCGGAGGAGGCACUGUUGGAGGGCGUGCCGGUGGAGGGCAUGGACGACCUGGAGGCAGAGCCGCAGGAUGAUGAGGAACCCGAUGUUAGGCGCAGCGCAGCGCCCGCAGCGGAGCUCUGGCAGGGUUAUCCCGCGCGCCAAUGCAUGGCCAGCGGUUGGGCGUACAGCGGCGGCGGCAGUAGUGCGCAGCACGCAGGAGUGGACGCACUGGCUGCAGCACAGCAACGCAUGCAUGAUUACGACCUAGGCGGGCAGUACGCCGCACAGGCGCUCGCGCAGGCGCAGGGAGCAGUGCAGCAGCAGCUGCUGCUUUACAACAGCGGCACUGCGGCAGUGACAGCGAAGCUGGUGCUCAUCUCGCCAUUGGCGGUUACCACAGCCGCCCCAGAGGUGCAGGGCGUCUGGCCUGACGCAGCGAACCCUGGUGCAGAGCCGCCGUACGUGCUUUGCCCAGAGGACUCGCAGCCGACGCCUGAAGACACAGCGCGGUUAUGGAACCUCAGCGACGACCAGCAGCAGGCGUUCAUGCUGUACGCGCAGCUCCUGCUAACAGAGGCCGCCGGCGUCCGUCAGCCCCCCGUGUGCUCGGUGCUCACGGGCAAAGCCGGCAGCGGCAAGUCGCGGGUGCUGCAGGCAUUGCUGUGGUUUGCAUACCAGCAUCGCUGCGAGUCUCUCAUUGCCCUCGUGAGCUACACGUGGCGCGCCGCGCUGCAUUUGCCACAGCCACGGCACGUGCCGCUAUAUAGCGGUGCUGCCGAGGAGAGCUUGCGGCGGCUGCUGGCGCCGGGCGUGGGGGACGGUGGGGCCAUGGAGCGCCAGAUCCGGCAGCUGGAGCAUCCGGAGGGCAGCAUGAACCUCAUGGGGCGGGAGUUGUGGAAUAUGGUGCCGUUCGCGUUCGUUCUCACUCACCAGCAUCGGCAGCAAGCAGGCGUAGGUGACAGCGACGAACCUCUCUUCAUGCUAGCGGAGAAGUUUGGUGGCGUGCAGGAAAUCUCUCAGGCAGACCUGGACACAGCGUGCCAGCAGCUCAAUGCUCGUGUUUGGCAGCCCCCGAAGCCAGGGAUUGACCCCGUGCCCCAGCCCUUUGCAGUUGUCCAGCGCCAUGUCGUGCGGGUUCCACUGGCAUUGCAGCUCGUGCAGCUGCAUGCGCUCGCGCAGCGUCAGCAGCUGCUGCUGUGGCGUAGCGCGGACUUGUCGCCUGACGGCAGCAGCUUACCUAUUUCGCAUGUGCAUCAAUUAGAGGCGCUUGGCGGGGCCGAGGAUGAUAGCGGUGUGCCCGCUGUGUGCGCAUUCUUUGCUGGUAUUCGUUACGUAUUUACAUCAAAUGAGCAUCUGUAAUGGUGCGCCCCGACGGGCCUGAUGCGGGUCGGGUGUCUGUUGAUCAGGCCCUGGAUGUCGGGGAGAUUCCUGUUUUACCGUGCAGUGCUAUGUUCACAUCGCAGCAUGCAACCCUGCGGUUGCCUGUGAUGCGCUGGGGCUUUCGUGUGGAGCUUGCGUAUGCAGUCACCGAUUACUUUGCGCAGGGGCAAACUCUGCCACCGCACGAACUGUGGCUGGUGGAUAUGUGCAAACCGCAGCACGGUAGUUGGCGGCGGGCUUCCAUUUACGUAAUGCUCACCAGGUUUCGUGGGUUGCAUGCCUUGCAUUUAGUGCGCCCGCUGUGGGCCUCGCGGGCAGAAGAGCGCCGGGUUAAAAAGGCGCUGCGUACCAUGCUAAUGCCCGAGGCAGAUCUAGCUGCAGAGUGGCAGCGGCUAUUGAGGCUCUCGCAGAGCACAGCAAUAGCGGUGCCAGGUAUGAUUGAGCGCAUUCAGGCGAGCAUGGGUGUCUCAUAACCGAGGCCUUCCAUGCAUGCAUGGUUGCAACAUCUGGCAUGUGGCGCUGAACGCUGGGUUGUCCUGCGUCCCGGCCAGCACGGAUAGCGUAGUGCUUUUAACAUGCGCGAGGUGUACUGACAGAUGAACUGGAAGCGCGGAGUACCUUGUGGAUGGUGAGUGCUGAUUGCAAUUUACAGCAGUGACUUUCUUGUUGGUGUUUGGUGUGGUGACCAUCAUGCUUGGCUUCGCUGACUGGACGUAUGUCACUGAGCUGUUUGACAGGCAGGCGUAGAGUAACGUGUAUGUUCGGGUUUAGUUUCUACCUGUCCUGUCUCUGCGUGAAGCUGGGGUAUUGUUUAUCUGCUUGCUUGUCGUGCCUUGGAUUGUUGCGUGUUUACAACAGGUUGAUGUGUGGCGUGGUUAAUCCCUUGCACUUUGAUGAGGUUAUUGUUAGCCAGCUGGUGUUCGCACAGGAGGUUAGUGGUCAAUGAAUAGUCGACCGACAGAUGGAUCGCGGGAUUUGUUUUUGGCAUUUAUAGUUUGGAUUCUAUGCGCAACGUUGCUUGGAAUACACGCUUAAUAUGCAUAGUUGGAAGACUUCCGGGACGCGAAUCGCUUGGAAAUGGAGGAGGGUCCCAAUAUGCUCGGCUCGCGAUGUCGCGCUCCUGAGCUUGUAUUAUGCACUGUGCGCGAUGCGUGUUCAGCAUGCAUAUUCUUACGAACAACUAGAGACUUGAGUGACGCGGUGUGAAAAUCAGUCGGAGUCUUGACAUGCUUGGCUCGCCAUUUCGCGCUCCCGAGCUCGUUGUGUGUGUUCCGAGUAAUGCACCCUCAAAAUACAUGUUCAAUAUGUCCGUGGCAAUGUUGGAGCUUCAAAAUCGACAAGCAUGGUGUAUAGAUACACCUGGUAGCCUGAAUUCCUGUUUUCCCGGUGUAUUCUGUUGAUGUUGUAUCACGCCGUGCUUUGUCACAUUCUUGGUUAUUGCACCGGCGUGGCCUUGUUUGUAAAAUUCCGCGGUG